AUGCUUGCCGUGCGGAAUGCUGUGCCUGAACUUGGCCAUCUUUCUGAACGAUUCCCGCUGUCUCUGACCACAGAUCAUAAUGACGAAGUCCACGAUAUCAAAGACCGACUGCGACACCUCUGGGCCGAGGUCCUUCAGGAUGAUCCAGAGAGCUUCUUUGACGAAGAUGUGUUCUUCGAUGUUGGGGGAGACUCGGUCCGCAGCCAGAUGCUCCUCACUGCUGCCGGGAAGCAGGGAAUUCAUUUGACGAUGGAGCAGAUAUUCAUGAACGCGUCACUGGAAGAAAUGGCCACUGCAGCUCAGAUAGUGGAAGUCAGGGAAGAUGAUACCGACUACGACCUCCAGCCCUUUACCCUAAUCCGUGGACUUGGCCUAGAGCAGACCCUCGGCGAGGUUGCGGCCAAGUGCAAUGUACAAACAGACAAGAUCGAGAAUGUGUACCCCUGCAGUCCCAUGCAAGAAGCCCUCGUCGCCGAGUUCGACGGCACUACAAAUCCAUAUGUCCGACAAUUUGUAUUUCGACUGGCGGAAGACCUGGCGGUGCAUAGUCUCGAACAAGCAUGGGAAUAUACGAUACGAGAAAACCCGGUUCUUCGCACCCGUAUCUGCAGCAUUCCGGAUACAAGGGGAUACGUACAGGUGGUCCUGGAUGAUGUACCUGUAUGGAAGUCCGUGGAGUCGAGUGUUGCUGCAUUUCUGGCAGAAGAUGAAAGCAUCCCAAUGGCCCUUGGAGAUCGCUUCUUCCGCUAUACUAUCGUGAAUGAUGCGGGUAAAAGGUACUUUGUAUGGAAUGCCCACCACGCAUUGUGCGAUGGCGCGUCUAUCCCUGAAGUGCUCGAAGAAGUGGCAAUUCGAUUCCAGGCAGCCAGUAUAUCCUUCACACCACGCGUCCCUUUCGCAAAGUUCAUCCAGUCGGUUGUCGCACCGGACCAUGACCAGUUGGGCAAACAAGAGGACUUCUGGAAACAGUCCCUAGGAGACCUCAACCCAACUCCAUUCCCUUCUCUACCCCAACAGCCCGACUUCCAGGUGAACCCAUCAACAGUGACGGAACACCUGAUACAUCUUCCCCAAGAGCAAGCACCCCUGGGAUUGACAAAAGCUCUCCUUCUGCGAGCGGCGUGGGGAAUCCUCCUUUCCCACUACACCGGCACACAGGACAUCGUCUUCGGGGCAAUAAACAGUGGCCGGACAGCUCCUGUGCCAGGCGUGGGCAGGAUGACAGGGCCGACAAUUAAUCUCGUGCCAAUCGCCCUCAGUGUGGAUCCUCAGCAGUCGGUCGCCGGGUUUCUGUCUGCUGUCCGGUCACAUUCCGGCGAGAUGAUACCUUAUGAGCACAUUGGUAUUUCGAAGAUACGCCAGGCCCUGACCGAUAGAGCGUGGACAGGCGUGGAUUUCCAAACAUUGCUGGUCGUACAUCCUAUGGAAUUCGCAGAUGCAAUUGCGCCGUCCAUGAAGGCGCUAGGGCUUGAGUAUGUAGACGAGCUGGGCAAGAAAGAGCAUCACCCAUACGCUCUCAUAAUUACCUGUACUCCUGGUUCCGAGACAACAGUCAGAAUGACAAUCCAGCACGACGAACGUGUGGUGUCAGCUAUCCAGGCUCAAAACCUAAGCCACCAGUUCCAGGCUGUGCUCACGCAGUUGACGGAGAGCACGAGAGAUUCGACAGUUGGAUCUAUCUCCCCGUUAAGCAACCACGAUCUUACCCAGAUCCAGGAGUGGAACAAAUUCACACCACCGCCGGAGGAGACGUGUAUUCACUAUCUGUUUGACCGACAGCUGCAGGCGCAGCCUGAUGCCACUGCUGUCUCGUCACUCAAGCGCGACCUCACCUAUACGGAGGUGGACAGGUACUCUAACCUGAUAGCCGUCCAAUUAUUGGAUAUCGGGGUGCAGCCGGGCAUGUUCAUCGGUGUAUGCUUCGAGAAGUCCCUCUGGAUGGUUGUGGCUAUUCUCGCCGUCUUCAAGGCCGGAGGCGUCUACGUCCCUAUAGAACCGACGCAUCCACGAGACCGGAUUUCUGAAGUGGUCAAGACCGCGCAGAUCAAAAUCAGUCUUGCUUCGGUUAAUGGUUCUGCAGCACUGAAAGGUAUCUGUGAUAUCAUAAUUACCGUCGAUGGCAAGUUUCCAGAGUCCGCUGAAGCCGGGCAAGUCCCUCCAGGUCUGUCUCAGCCAUCUAGCCUGGCGUAUCUGCUAUUCACUUCAGGAAGCACCGGCAAGCCAAAGGGUAUACUCAUGUCACACCAGGCUAUUUGUGCGUCAAUCCUUCACCAUGGAAAGUCAUUCGGGGCUGGUCCGCACUGGCGUACACUGCAGUUCGGUGCACAUACAUUCGACCUUUCCAUUGGGGAAUUCUUCACUACGUUAGCAUUCGGCGGUUGUAUCUGCGUACCCUCAGAGGAGGAGCGUCUGAAUAACCUCCCGGGAGCUAUCUCCACGCUGAAUGCAAACACGCUGCUGGUCGUUCCCACUGUCGCGAAUCUGUUAUACCCCCACGACGUCCCCACGUUGAAGACAAUUGUCCUCGCCGGAGAGCCCAUCACAAAGGAGACGAUUGUACGAUGGGCAGACCAUGUCGAGUUGACUGCUGCGUACGGCCCAUCCGAGACCGCUGUCUACUGCUCUGGUAAUCUGCGGGUUUCCCCAGACGCUGACCCAACUCAUAUCGGGUUCGCCAUUGGGGCGACGAUGUGGAUUGCGAAUCCGGAAAACUAUCACCAGCUUUGCGCUAUUGGUUGUGUCGGCGAGAUACUUAUCUCUGGACCUCUGCUAGGGAGUGGAUAUAUUGGAGAUAAGCAGCAGACAGAUUCUGCCUGGGUCCCUGCGCCUGAAUGGCUGAAAGACCUCAGCUCGAGUCCGUAUCAGACCUUUUAUCGGUCUGGCGAUCUGGCGAGAUAUAACGAGGACGGGACCUUUCGGAUAGUUGGGCGCCGUGAUACGCAGGUGAAGCUGGGUGGAUAUCGUAUCGAGCUCGGCGAGAUUGAGAACCAGAUCAUGGCCUCGGGUCUUGUGGCGAGUACUUUAGUUGCACUUCCAGCGCAGGGCCCGUGUCGUCGUCAGAUUGUGGCUGUUCUGAGCUUCAAUCGAUCUGGUCUCCAGGGGAACAGUGCUUCUGGCCCUCAGGAUCGAUUCACGAUAGCUAGGGACAGACAUUCCCCUGAUACCGUUGGAAAGCUGGAGCAGUUGAAGCAGCGUCUCGAGCUGGUUCUUCCGGAGUAUAUGGUUCCCACUGUUUGGGUUUUACUUGAGGAGCUGCCGCUUUUGAUAUCAGGGAAGAUUGACCGUAAGGCCAUCAAGGGCUGGGUGAAUGAUAUGGAUGACGGCACAUUUACGGAAAUAGUUGAAGACCAGCAGACUGAUGGAGAUUACCGGAAGAGCGAGAUAAUCGAAGGAUCUCUGGCAGAUACACUACGGAAUCUCUGGUGUAAAGCUCUGCAGAAGCCAACGGAGCAUGUCAAUAUGCGCACUUCAUUCUUCGCCAUCGGGGGUGACUCCAUUGCUGCAAUUGAAAUUGUCUCACAGGCAAAGAAGGUGGGGUUGUCAGUUACUGUUCGAGGUAUAAUCAACGCCAAAACGCUCGGAAAUCUGGUGUCUCUGGUCGAGCAGCAGCUCAGUAAGGAUGUCGAUACUGCAUCGCCAGCACAACUCGAGCAGAGCCAACCGUCUACGACUGACAUAUUAGCACCGUACAACAAGCUUCUACAAGCCCGUCUACGCGACCAUCCCGCUGUGGUAGUUCAGGAUGCUUACCUUUUUGCCCCGAUGCAGCGCGAGAUCCAACGGCAGCGCCAGGUAAAUCCUGCCGUUUUCCUCUUAUCGUGGCAGAUGGAGAUUGCCUCACGGGAUGGACAGGUGCAGAUAUCACUGGAAAGAUUGGCUCAAGCUUGGAGAAGGGUGGUCCAAAGGCUCCCAAUUUUAAGGAGCAUCUUUCUGAUCGACCCGUCCGGCCAGCUGCCACAUAUCCAGGUUGUGCUGGACAAUGCGGAGCCAGAGAUCGCGACUGUCUCAAUAUCUUCAGAUGUGGCCAGAAAGAGAGAGCCAACCCUUGAGUCUCUGGGAAUACCACCGGUAGACGAGUGUUUCCUCCCACACCGGACACUGCUUUCCCAACGGGGAGACAGGUUCUUCAUUCACAUCGAACUAGACCACUUAGUGAUUGACGGGUGGUCUCUAAGAGUCAUCAAGGAAGCCUUGCUAGAGGAAUAUGAGACAUACGAUAACGAAUACAUUCCCGAAGCAGCACCGUCAUACAAAGACUUCGUGUUAGCACAAAUCCAUCCAGACCGAGCGGACCAGGACCGGUCAUACUGGACGGAGAACCUGCGCAACCAACCCCCAGCACUACUGUCAUUCCAUGUAUCCCGACCGGUUCCGUACUUCAGCAAACAGAAAACGAUAUUAUACCUCCCUGAGAUCCCCGCUGCGGCGUUGACGUCUUUCAGUGUGGCUCAUGGCAUUACGCCCGCUAAUAUAUUUGACGCGGCGUGGGCGCAGACAUUAAGUCUUUUCACAAAGCAGUCCGAUGUCGGCUUUGAAUAUGUUGUCUCCGGUCGUGAUGAGGAUGUUCCAGGCGCGUUCAGCAUGGUUGGUCCCUUGAUUAAUGUCCUGGCAUAUCAUCUACAAGGGGUCGAGGCGGGCGAGAACACAACCGAAGAGGACUUGGCAGUGCUGGCAACGCGGAUGCAGGAUCAGCGAGCACAGGAUAGUAUGCAUUCUGCGGUGAAUAUCCGAGAGGUCGUGGAUGAGCUACACCGUGGGAAGAAACUGUUUAACACUGCGGUGAACUUCCAGCGCCGUCCGACAGCGGUUGAGUCGAAGACGUUGUGGGUUGAUGAUGAUAUUAGGAAGUCGAAUGACCCGUGGCAUUUUGAUAUCCUUGUCCGUGUUAUGCAUAUCACCGACGACAACACCUUCCGGUCGUCCUUCGAGUUCGAUGCGCUGCAUUUUGAGGAAGGGCGCAUUCAGGAGGUUGCGAACAAUUUCUGGCAGAGAGUGGAGAAGACAUUCUCGAGUGAAGCACAAUAA